AUGGGAAAUGGAAUGAAUAAGGUGCUUCCAGGGCUUUACGUGGGAAAUUACAGAGACUCAAAGGAUCCCGUACAAUUAGAUAAGUUUAAAAUAACGCACAUUUUGUCCAUCCACGACGCCGCCAGAAGGAUACAUUCUGACAAACAUUACUUGUGCAUAAUGGCGUCGGAUUCUCCUGAUCAAAAUCUCACUCAGUACUUCAGUCUUUGCAACGACUUCAUUCACGCGGCGCGGCUUCGAGACGGCAACGUCUUGAUUCAUUGUCUGGCCGGCAUGUCACGAAGCGUGACAGUAGCUGUGGCAUACAUAAUGUCAGUGACGCCCUUAACAUGGCGAGAGGCGUUAAAAGUGGUGCGAGCUGGUCGCGCCGUUGCCAAUCCUAAUCUUGGCUUCCAGAGGCAAUUGCAAGAUUUCGAGAACUACAAGCUUGUUGAAGAGCGGCGUCGGUUAAAAGAAAGGUAUCCAUCUCUGGCGCUUGCUGAUAGGGAUUUAGUGGAAUGCCGUGUGAUGCUGGACUCGUACCAGACGAUGCUAAAUCAGAGGACGAUUUGUGAGGGCAAAUGCGCAAUGGGCAGACAAUGUCCGACAGGUGUAUGUAGAACUGGCUCCAAGAGGCAACCGCGGCCACGUCGUCCGUCCACCGCAUCCGGGGAAUCCCCGGGCUUGAAACGAUCACCUUCCACGCUUUCCACUGCUUCCACCACUUCCGGUUAUCGGCCGAGGUCUUCGCCGGCCGGCCUUUAUAGUUAUACAGGCACUCCGUCCCGACCGAUUCGUUCAGCGUCAGGACUGAGCGUAACGCGCGUGACUGACCCGAUUGGGGGCGGCACUGCGAUGGCUGUAGGUGGCACUGAAUACUCCAGGCGUAGAGCUGCCUCUGCACCAGCGACACCAGCACUCUCACCUGCUUCCUCACCACCCGGAUCGCCGCAUAGGACACCUAAUAGAAAUCGAUGCGCCUGGACCAUACCAACGGUGCAGUGGGAUCCAGAAUCCAUGUGA